AUGCCAGUGCAACAACAACCUCCACAACAAUCAGAAUGGGAGAAGGCCUUUGCACAACUAUCGAAGACCACAUCAGACUACGUUCAAAGUACCAAUGCUUUCAGAGAAGACACUUCAGCCUUUAUGCAAGAGACCAGGGCCUCAUUCCGGAAUCAAGAAGCCUCUAUCCAGAAUCUAGAAACUCAGAUCGAUGUUAACCCAAAUGCACACUGCAAGGCCAUUACCACUAGAAGUGGAAUAGUAAUUGAACCUGUGAUCAAGCCUUCAGUAGAGAAAAAGAAAGCUGAUGAACCUGCAAUUGAAGAGGUAAAAGAGAAGGAAGUUGACAAAGAACCUGUUGCAGAGAAAAUUGUUCCUGAAAAGAAGAGUUCAAAUGGGAGAAAAAGAAAGCUCAAGAAAGACAAGAAAAGCCAUUGGAGCUCUCACCUUAAGCAAAGAUUCCAUAUCCGCAGAGAAAAGUUUCCUCCAAAACUCAAAGAUCCUGGAAGUUUCAGCAUUCUCAUAGAAAUUGGCAACAUUGAUGUGGGAAAGGCGUUAUGUGACUUUAGAGCUAGUAUUAAUCUUAUGCCAUUAUCCAUCUGCAAGGCCCUGGGUAUUCAUGAACUGGAGCCGACUAAAGUUUCAUUACAGUUAGCUGACAGAUAUAUCAGGAGGCCAGAUGGAGUUAUUGAAGAUGUCUUGGUGAAGAUUGGUAAAUUCAUAUUCCCUGCAAACUUUGUCAUCUUAGACAUGGAAGAGGAUGCGGAAAUCCCCUUACUGUUGGGAAGACCCUUCUUAGCUACUGCAAGGGCUAUGAUUGAUGUGGAGCAGGGCAAGUUGAUGUUACAGGUUCAUGAUAAAAUCAUAACGAUUGAUGUUCUUGAAUCUAUGAAACAUCCUUUCAACGGAGGAGAUUUCUUCAAGAUUGAUAUAAUCAACGAUGCAGUGUUAGAAACAGUCGAUGAAAUACUCCAACCACUGAUGGAAUUGGAGUCAUUAGAAGAAGAACUACGACAAAAUACAACUGAAGCAACAGAAGGAGAACAAGAGGUUGAAAAGCUAGAAAAGAAGGUUGAUGAUGUUACUAAAGGAGCACCAAAAGUUUAA